AUGUAUAUUCUACUGCGGUUUUUCAAUAAUGUCAUCCUCAUGCUCAUCAACUUUUUAAUUGCAAUUUAUUUCGGCCGACGUUUUUUCAUCGCUAUGACACGACACUACAAGAUCGUCAGCGAAAUUACGGAAUUCAAUUCGAUUGUGAGGGAAGCCAGGGACAGUCUGGAUUAUGUGACGACCAAGAUUGCUGCACUUAUGAAAGAUAUCGAAGGAGACAUCGCUGAAGAGCUUCAUGUGACUCACAAUUUGACGAAAUUGAGCUCAAAAACGUCAAUGCUAUUGAAAAGAUAUGGAGAAGUUGAGGACCGAGUGCUGGAGUUAGUCCGAAUGAACGAGAACAUGGCAAAUGUCCAACUGGAGACCCCCGACGACAUAAAAUCCGAGAUGAAGAGAACAAUAAUGAAAAUAAAAAAAGAACAGCUGGGAUCUUACACAAAAAGCAUGACCCCAAAUUCGGACAAUGUUCUGACAUAAUAACCAAGCCAUUCCUUCAACUUGACGUAUUUAUUCGGCGUA